AUGGAUGGCACGUUUUACGGAGUUUCUUCGGACUACGGCGAAUCGGGGAGCCACAGGGAUGGACAGAGUGUUGGAGCUUCCGACUUCACAUCAUCCUUUGCCGGUGCCUCUUUCGUGGUCUACUUCGAGGACUCAGGGCCGAGCGCUCAAUGUGGCAACAUCAAGGGCUUCCAGUUGAUCCUCAGUCUCAAGGGAAUCUACCACAAGGGCCUACUGGACAUGGCAGCUAUAGUGCUAGCGUACCUGCGCAAGCUUCUCUACCUCAAGGCCAGAAUGUACCACAAGGGGUUCCGCAAUCAGUACCUGUGCAAGCUCCUCUACCUCAGGGACAGAAUGUACCACAAGGGGUUCCGCAAUCAGUACCUGUGCAAGCUCCUCUACCUCAGGGACAGAAUGUACCACAAGGGGUUCCGCAAUCAGUACCUGUGCAAGCUCCUCUACCUCAGGGACAGAAUGUACCACAAGGGGUUCCGCAAUCAGUACCUGUGCAAGCUCCUCUACCUCAGGGGCAGAAUGUACCACAGGGGGCUCCGCAGUCAGUACCUGUACAAGCUCAUGUACCUCAAGGACCGAAUGUACCACAAGGGGUUCCUCAGUCAGUAUAUGUACAAGCUUCUUUACCUCAUGGUCAGAAUGUACCACAAGGAGCUCCACUGUCAGUACCAGCACAAGCAUCUGCGCCUCAAGGAGCUAAUGCCGGUGAUCCAUGUCAGGGAAUGCCAGGGCGUGAGAUAG